GCUCCACCGAAAGAUGGAAAUGAUAGGGAAGCGCUGUGGAGGCUGUUCGGGGCUGUCGACAAAGAUCGAAGCGGUCAACUAGAUGAGCAAGAGCUCCGUGCUGCACUUGUUAAUGGUGACUGGUCUGCUUUUGAUUCUCACACAGUCAAGAUGAUGAUUCGAAUGUUUGAUACAGACAGAUCAGGGUCGAUCAGCUUCGAAGAGUUUUGUGGGCUAUGGGGCUUCCUGAACGCCUGGCGCGGGUUGUUCGAUCGUUUCGACCUUGACCACUCAGGCAACAUCUCAUACAAUGAAUUUAGCGACGCGUUGGUCGCGUUUGGCUACCGUUUGUCGCCACAAUUCGUCUCCUUGCUGUUCCGCACCUACGACCGUCGUGGGGAGAAUGCCAUUGGAUUCGAUCUGUUUGUACAGGCAUGCAUUAGCUUGAAGCGCAUGACGGAUGUGUUCAAGAAGUACGACGAGGACCGCGAUGGAUAUAUUACGUUGAGC